CUCGUUUCCGCAUUAGACAUAGUAUCUCGCCUCUCUUUCAUCCAGCUUUGUCUCGCAGAACAAAAGUUGAAACGAUGUGUUGCGCCUGAUUCUUGUUUCCCCCUGUACGAUUUCUUGUCGACCUCUUAGUUAAAUCUUAAUUCCCUACUAGAGUUCUCCGCGCUAGAAAGCAGCGAUGUCGAGGUAUCGCGCGUCAGUUCAGUCGACAGUGGUAGACAUGGCGACUCAUUUCCUGCGUUUCCUGAACCUCAUCGUGCUGGCUGGAGGCGUCGCGUCGAUCAUAAUCAUGCUUAUAAUACGCCCCGUGCCUCUCUUUCCUCCUGGCUGGGGCUUCAUGCUGCUCGGCGCGCUUGCCAUCGCGUCCGGUAUGUUAGGAGUCGUGUCGGCGGCCCGGCCGGGAUGCCUCUUCGACUGCCACGUGUUCUGCCUGUUGGUUUCCCUCGCGGGAUUCCUGGCGUCGUUCCUGGUCAUCUUCCUGCGCCUCGACGUGAUCGUCGGCAACCUACAGCCGGCCGUGGAGGGCGGCAAGGCGCGGCAGCUAGUGAGCACGGAGGGCGCGCUGUACCUGGUGCUCUUCGUGACGCAGCUCGUCGUGCUGCUGCUCGCCGCCAUCGUGCAGUGCUGCGCUACCGCGGGUGACUAUAGCGAUGACUACGAAUCAAUCUCCCCCGUUAGAGGUUCAUCCCGCAGAUAUGACGAAUCUCGGCGGCCGAGGGUGGAAUCUCGCGCGGCUCAUCGGAUGCCGGAAAGGUCAUGCGAAGCCCCUCGGCGGUGGAUUCCGGCGAAGCUGGCGGAGGCGGCGCCGGCAGCCAUGGCAGGUGGUGUGGAGUAUUCGGGCAGAGUGCUGAGCGAUAAGACGGCGAGGCUGGCGGAGCAGAUGCAGCAGAAGUACGCGCACUGGGUGAAGCGCGGCUCCGACCGCGACGUGGAGUCCGCCGCGGCCUUCAUCAAUCCCUCGCGACUCUACACAGGGGACGAUUGAGCUCCUCACAUCCCACCUUCCUGUGUGAUCUCUUCUAGUUGGAAAACCCUUCUUUCCCUCAUACGCGUGAAUGCACGCCCUGGUUUGCCAUUGUUAGUUGUGCUCAUAUCACACUGAUGCUAGCUGUCGCCAUUACCCUCAGCAACAGACGGUUUUGGCAUACCCCUAUAUGUUUUAAUGAAUAAGAAGGGGAGGAGCUGAAGGUGCUGGUCCUACACUCAAAAUUG